UUUGAAGAAUACGAUUCCAGAGCUGCACACUACAGCCAAGUCUGGGAGUAAUGGCAUGAGUCCUGCUUUAUACUGUUUAGACAAGCUUUGAGCUGCGCGCGUUGGAAACGUUCCCUCGACCGUUCUCUGAUUACACGUCACUCACACGUUCGGUCCGCGGACGCCGAGCGCCGAGGCGGAGGAUCGUCAGGCGAACUGUAAACUUAGUCAAAAGCGACUAAAGUCCCCCCCAACUCACGGGCUGAAGAGGCUUCAGACGCACACGACGCAUCCUUUCUGGCUGUUUCAAGGAAGGAUACGCUGCUGGACAUGUGAAUUUAAAGGAGAUACUCGCCAAGCACAAGCAUGAAACCCACGGCCGCCCUGUGUUGCUUCGGCUUCCUCCUCACUUGCCUCUUGUUCGGGUCGAGCUCCGCGCAAUCAGUAUGCGCUGGUACAGAGAACAAGCUGAGCACGCUGUCAGACCUGGAGCAACAGUAUUCCACCCUGAGAAAGUACUACGAGAGCUGUGAGGUCGUCAUGGGGAACCUGGAGAUCACGAGCAUCGACCGCAGCCGGGACCUCACCUUCCUCAGAUCCAUCCGUGAGGUGACGGGCUACGUCCUGGUGGCCCUGAACCAGUUCGACUACCUGCCUUUGGAGAACUUGCGGAUCAUCCGAGGAACCAAGCUGUACGAGGACCGCUACUCGCUCGCCGUCUUCCUCAAUUACAGACGCGACGGGAACUUCGGCCUGCGGCAGCUGGGUCUGAAGAACCUCACAGAGAUCCUGAGUGGAGGCGUCUACGUCGACCAGAACAAGUUUUUGUGUCACGCCGACACCAUCCACUGGCAGGACAUCGUCAAGAACUACUCCGUGAUCCAUCCUGUGGUGGUGCCCACCAACAGCAGCGGCGCAUGUCAGAAGUGUCAUCGCUCGUGCAACGGCCGCUGCUGGGGACCCAAAGAGGACCAGUGUCAAAGCCUGACUAAGACGGUGUGUGCCGAGCAGUGUGACGGCCGCUGCUUUGGUCCCUACGUUAGUGACUGCUGCCAUCGUGAGUGUGCAGGUGGCUGCUAUGGACCGAAGGACACCGACUGCUUUGCCUGCACCAACUUCAACGACAGCGGCGCGUGUGUGAACCAGUGCCCUCAGCCGUUUGUCUACAACCCCACCAGCUUCCAGCUGGAACACAGUCCCAGGGCCAAAUACACCUACGGAGCGUUCUGUGUCAAGAAGUGUCCGCACAACUUCGUGGUGGACCAGAGCUCCUGCGUGCGCGCGUGCCCCAGCAACAAGAUGGAGGUGGAGGAGAACCGCGUCAAGAUGUGCAUCCCCUGCACCGACAUCUGCCCCAAAGCGUGCGACGGCAUCGGCACGGCCAGCCUGCAGUCGGCUCAGACGGUGGACUCCAGCAACAUCGACAAGUUCGUCAACUGCACCAAAAUCAAUGGCAACCUUGUGUUUCUUAUUACCGGAAUCAAAGGCGAUGUCUAUCACAAUAUUGAAGCGCUGGACCCAGAAAAACUGGGCGUUUUCCGCAGCGUGCGGGAGAUCACAGGCUUUCUGAACAUCCAGUCGUGGCCUGACAACAUGACAGACUUGAGCGUCUUCUCCAACCUGGCAACCAUUGGAGGGCGAGCGCUGUACAGUGGGAUCUCCCUGCUGGUGCUGAAGCAACAGGGCAUCUCGUCGCUGCAGCUCCAGUCUCUGCGAGAGAUCAGCGCCGGGAACGUCCACAUCGCCGAGAACAGCCAGCUCUGCUACUAUCACACCGUCAACUGGACCCGGCUGUUCCGCGCCGCCAACCAGAAGGUUCUGAUCCGCAACAACAGGAGCCCGCAGGAGUGCUCCAAGGAGCGCAUGGUGUGCGACCCGCUGUGUUCGGACGCGGGCUGCUGGGGUCCCGGCCCGGACCAGUGCCUGUCCUGCCGAUACUUCAGCCGCGGACGGACCUGCGUGGACAGCUGCAACCUCUACGAAGGGGAUAUUCGAGAGUAUGCCAACGGAUCCGUGUGUCUGGAGUGCGAUGCCCAGUGCGAGCGGGCCGACGAUGACUCGUUGACCUGCCACGGUGCGGGCCCGGAACACUGUGCAAAAUGCCUCCAUUUCAAGGACGGUCCAAAUUGCGUGGAGAAGUGUCCCGACGGCCUGCAGGGCGCCAACAGCUUCAUAUUCAAGUACGCCGAGGCCAACAAUGAAUGUCAUCCCUGCCACGCCAACUGCACCCAGGGGUGCAUUGGACCAAGACUACAAGACUGUAUUGGCUGGAUGGACAGAACCCCUCUAAUCGCAGCGGGCGUGAUCGGCGGCCUGUUCAUGGUGGUGAUCUUGGUGCUGAGCGUGGCCGUGUCUGUGCGGCGGAAGAACAUCAAGAAGAAGAGGGCCCUCCGUCGCUUCCUGGAGACAGAGCUGGUGGAACCUCUGACGCCAAGUGGCACGGCACCCAACCAAGCUCAGCUCCGCAUUCUGAAGGAGACAGAACUCAAGAGAGUGAAGAUCCUCGGUUCUGGGGCCUUUGGGACUGUUUACAAGGGCAUUUGGGUGCCGGAGGGUGAAACAGUGAAGAUUCCUGUAGCCAUUAAAAUCUUAAAUGAGGCCACUGGACCCAAGGCUAACGUUGAGUUCAUGGAUGAGGCCCUGAUCAUGGCCAGCAUGGAGCACCCCCACCUGGCGCGCCUGCUGGGCGUCUGCCUGAGUCCCACCAUCCAGCUGGUCACGCAACUGAUGCCUCACGGGUGCCUGCUCGACUACGUGCACGAGCACAAGGACAACAUCGGAUCGCAGCUGCUGCUCAAUUGGUGUGUCCAGAUUGCCAAGGGGAUGAUGUAUCUGGAGGAGCGCAGGCUCGUCCACAGGGACCUGGCGGCCCGAAAUGUCCUGGUGAAGUCCCCCACCCACGUCAAGAUCACAGACUUCGGCCUGGCGCGGCUGCUGGACGUCAACGAGAAGGAAUACAGUGCGGACGGAGGGAAGAUGCCCAUCAAGUGGAUGGCGCUGGAGUGCAUCCAUUACAGGAAGUUCACGCAUCAGAGCGACGUUUGGAGUUACGGGGUCACCAUAUGGGAGUUGAUGACCUUUGGUGGGAAACCGUAUGAUGGAAUUCCUACCAGAGAUAUCCCUGAUCUGCUGGAGAAAGGAGAGCGCCUCCCUCAGCCCCCCAUCUGCACCAUUGAUGUCUAUAUGGUCAUGGUCAAAUGUUGGAUGAUUGAUGCAGACAGCCGGCCCAAGUUCAAAGAACUGGCUGCCGAGUUCACGCGAAUGGCUCGCGACCCCCAAAGGUACCUGGUCAUCCAGGGCGAUGACCGCAUGAAGCUGCCCAGUCCCAACGACAGCAAGUUCUUUCAGAGCCUCCUGGAGGAAGACGAGCUGGAGGACCUUAUGGAUGCUGAGGAGUACCUGGUUCCCCACUCCUUUAACAUUCCACCGCUGGCGUACACCCCCCGCACACGCAUGGACUCCAACAAGCAGACCCAGUUCAGCUACCACGAUCCCAGUUUCAGCAUGGAGGACAUGUUGGCCACGCUGCCCAGAGUGGUCUCCGUUCCACCGGUGUCCGGAAGCUGCCUCCCUCCACAGGACCUGGCGUCAGGGAGCCAAAUUGCUGGUGGGUUCAGCCACGGCAACCAGGAUGACCCACGAUGCAACGGCACCCUGAGGAAGCAGGCCUCCCCGAGAUCCAGCGCCCUCGGGGCAGGCUCGAUUCUCACUGUGGGACUAGGUGAAGACAGCAGUGGACAGCGAUACAGUGCUGAUCCAACCGGCCUUUUAACAGAGCGAGGACCAAAAGGAGACAAGGACCAGGACAUCUACAUUACUGCUAAGAGAGACAAGAAAUCCUCAGACUAUCUCAGGCCUGUGGAGGAAAACCCCUUUGUCACGCGUCGGAGGAAUGGUGACAUACACGCUGUGGUUGAUGGAGCAGGCUGCCACACCUUGCACAUAGCUGGAGCUGCAGCCAACCCCAAGGGUCAGGCCUCCCAUGGGGAUGAAGAGUAUAUUAAUGAGCCAUUGUACCUGAAUACCUUCCUUAACCCUGGAGACAAGAACGGUUUGGCUGGUGCAGUUUCCAUCUCGGGGCCCGGCUCCUCUGUUGCCCAGUCAGUAUCACAGACAGUCAACCCAUCGACGUCGGGCCACGUCGUCUCAUCCACUGGAUACGUGGUACCUCCCGGCCACCUCCCCCACUCAUCAUAUCCAUCACACACCCUGCAUCCAGGGCAUUCGGGACACGCUCUGCACUCAGGCGUCACCAGCAGCACCAUCAUGUUUGAUAAGAAAGGCAAGAAGGCCACUUUUGACAAUCCUGAAUACUGGCAGCACAGUCUGCCCCCAAAGUCCUCACUGCACAACCCCGAGUACCUGCAGGACUGCAGCACACGCUUCUUUUACCGGCAGAAUGGACGCAUUCGCCCUGCUGUGGCUGAAAAUCAGGAAUAUUUGUCUGAAGCUGCUAUGAAAGCUGGCAAUGUGUUGCCACCCCCUCCAUACAGACAGAGGAACACUGUGGUGUAAUGGCCCACAACGGAGGAAUGAAUAAAGAGACACGGGUGGAGAUGAACUGAUGUUAAAGAGUUCUUUCAUUUCCAUGCAGUACUUCUCAACCUGGGUUCUCCUUUGACCCUUCCUGGACUCUCCUCUCUGUUCUGUCUGAUAGCAAGUCUUUUAUUCGACUCUGAGCUUCUGUCUUUUCCUGACAGGACCACGAUAGCAGUUACUGACAGCUCCACUUCACAUGCGAACCAUAUUUUUAGCUCUGUUCUUGGUCAUGAGCCCUAAAGCAGGCAGACACAUCUCUUUGGUUGGUCCUGUUUUGGAGAAAACUGUACGCCUUUUGUACCAGAGAUGCAUCGAUAUUUUAAAUGGAGAAGAAAACUGAGGUUAGGCCAAAGAGAGCAUACUUGCCAUUUCUUUACACGUUGAUGAAUUACUGCUCGCCAUUUCACCUUUAACCUUGUUUGCCACACAACUAGAUGUACAUACUGCAGUUUCACAUGCUGUUAAUGCUUGUGUACAGUGCAUCAAAUGUCAAAUGCACAUGAAUAUGUGUUGUGUCUAAUCAGCGAACUUGCACUCAUGCUUAAGAGCCCAUAUGUGGUUUGCACCUGUGCCCACACACUAACAGUAUUAAAACAUUUAUCACAUUCAGCAAUAUGCUUACUACCUGCUAACAUGCUCUCAGCCUGGAUGAUAGCAACAUAUAUAAAAGGUAAACACAUACCGGAUCGGAAUAUCUUCUACAAGGCUAAAGGAGUCAGUGCUGCAAAGCAGAAAAGAUUAAAGAGUAAAUAUCACCACAUUUAUAUGAAAACCCAUUAUGUCAUUGUACAUGGAUGAUAGCUUUUAGCAUAAUAUCGACAUAGCUGGAGCUGGAUUUGGACUGAUCACUCACUCUUUCCAUGUCAGUCCAUCUUCCUGUUCUGCUUUCAUCCACACCUACACGUUUCAAGGAGCCAUCAAACCAUCCAGCUCAUUGUCACCCUCAUCAGCUCACUGACAGCAGCAUAGCUGUUGGAAUUCGGUGCCUGAGGAUGAACAAGAGGUCAAACAGCACGGUUGUAGAAAAUGAAACGGCACGUGAGAGAAGGGCGAGUUCAUAAACUGGAUCAGAGCACAUCUUUCGUUGUCAUCAGGGAUGUGAUUACUUUGUAACGUUGUCUGAUACUGGAUUCGGCUAAUAAGGAGCAGGCGAAACAGCAGAGACUGCAGCGAUGGCAAAAAUGCUCAGCCUACAGAAGGGUAAAUACGCCAAUUACACCUCAUUAGCAGGCAGACGCAGUCCUAUAAAUAGGCUCUGUGGACCUAGUUGUGUCUGAAAAGACGCUGAAGUACAUCAAAAGAUGAGGCUAAAAGAUUGUGUCUCUCACCUCUGUACAAUAGCAGUAAUAUACUAUUGUAUGUCAUAAAAUAAGAAUUACAUUGGCCACAUGGCCGUGACUGCAGGGUCUUGCUCUGUGUUGUAGGGUCAGACCUAUGAGCCAAUGGGUCAUUUAGUUUGUGUUCGACAUGGUGACGCAUACUUACAGGUACAGCAUGUUGCCCUCUGUGCUCUCACAAUACUCCCAGAUGCCACGGUAGGUUCUGAUGGAGCGCACCAGCAUCUGUUGGCAAAUGGAGGUAAUGAUUUAAUACUUCAUAAUCUGGCUCAGCCAAAUGGUUAUUAAGCAGCAAUUCAUUCACAUUUCUUUAUGCUGCAAACAUAAUAUAGUGAGACAAUAGUUGCACUCUGGCCUCAUGUUUUCUGUGUCAUUAGGCAUUUUACUGACAAAGGAAUUUAUAAAUAUAUCUGAUAACCCUAAUUGGGCUAGAUGUGAUUAUAUACACUGACAAGACUGACAUUUGUCAGGUCUCUACACUGUUUAUAGUUAUCCCUUUAAAUGUGUAGUUGACUGUCACAUACACAUUUGAUAUACAAGCUUUUUACACCAGUGCAAUGAUAUACCGUUGAGAUCUAACUGCUGACCCGCCAGUUCCACAAACGUGUGCCUCUAAAGUAAAAACUACCAAGAAAAUCCAGCCAAGCACCGUUAAUGAUUUACUGUCCAAACACAGAUGGUGCCCUGAUCCAUUGUUCUCUCCCCCUCUCAGGUUUUAUAGGAAAUAAUAAUCACCCAAUCCAGUCCCAGCUGAGGUUCACGUUACCCUCGUCAUAAAGGGACGUCAAACUUAGCGAAAUAAAGACGUAACGGAAGACAAAUUUAUGCCAUAAGACCACAGUCGGUUCAGCGGUGAAAUGUUCACCUCUACAUAAAUGUAAUUUUUAUGAGUGAGGGGCAGAGUUUUAAUGGUUGGUCUUGAUGACGCCACCAUGUUAAGUGUCACUUUGACAUUGACACUAUUUCUGUUACGAACCUCACAUUGCUGUUGUGCAUCCGUUUUUUUUUCCACACUGAGAUCUUGCCUGUCCUGCUGAUUCAGCCCUAGACUCAUGUAUAUGUCCAUUGUGUAAGUGUGUGCGAUGUACUGUCCAUUCUUUAAGUUAAAAGUCACAUGUGUUAAGUCUAUUUUUACCAACCCUCAGCUGUAGUGCGCGUAUUGUACUGUAGGGCCAUAUGUUUAAUUGCAGUGGAAGCAGUGGAGAGUCACCAAAAAGCUCUAUUAUGGAUCUCUGUGGAAGCAUAAAGCUAAUCUUCUGGGGGAGAAAACCUUCUGGCACUGUCGGCGAGUAAGCAUCACCAGGGGCUUUUAGCUUUUUGAAUGCUAAUUUAUCCACUUUUGCUUGUUGUUCUGUGGGGAAAUCAUGUUACCCAACAUCUCACCCAGGGCACCAGCCGAGAAUCCAAUAGGUUGUAAUUCUGCAGCAAGGUUAAAACUAGGGUAUUAGCAUUCCAGAAGUGUUACUAGACCAAUGCAUCAAUGCUACGAAAGCUAGCGAAGGUGCUUGAAUGGGCAGAAGAGACCAGAGUUGAUUGCAAUUGCUUUCUCCUAAGAGGUGACUGUGGGAUUGUAUGUAGCAAACACUGUUCCUGCAGCAGAACCACUGAAAGCUGCACAAAGACCAAAACAACCUGGCAGGAAAAUCAUAUUACGGUCAAAUGUUACCACGAGUCAUAGUUUUAUGUGGUGCGCAGAGGUAAGCACAGGUUAAGUAGUUAUUUGAAGGAGCACAAAAAGCAAAUCAGCCUUCGAGUGACAGCUUGUUUUGUUCGUCCACAUUUGUGCAAUGUGUUGUUAUACUGGUUGUUAGUGUAAAGUUGGUCUGCUACUCUAAUUUUCUCAUUGUGAGUCUUGUGAUGUGCAAUUUCAAAAUCUCCAUCUUAUUCCUGCCACGUCCACGUCAUGUUCUGUAAUCAGCUUCAAAGCCAUUACUAUCCGUCUCCCACUUUAAGAAGCGUCCGCCCACAUUUACCUGCUGUAUGAGCCGGUGAGGACGGUGUGAGCGUUUAGCUGGAAAACUGACUGUUUGUGAGGACGCGACGGCUGUGAAAGAAUACAUACGCCAGUUGUGUCCUCCUAAGCAACAGCAAGCUUCAUCUUUCAGUCACAUCCUGUGACACCUUUGAAUUAGGACAGGCCUUGUUGGAUCCUUACGACUCAGAAAUGAGUCCAGCCCCUGAACUGGGACAGAGCGACUGUAUUUAUAGUGUGUGCUCCUUUUCUAUUUUCUACGAUUGGAUUAUUCAUAUCAUGAGGGCAUGGUUUAACCACAUCAGAAUAUUCUCGCACUAGUCUUAACAAGCAUUGGAUAAACAUUCCAUUUCCAGCAACUUCACUAUUAAUUGCUCCACGAGAAUUUGUUAUGUUGCAUCAUAACAUAAAUCAUAUCAUUGCAACAGAAUCAAACUGUGUGGCUGCCACAAUCUGACUGACACAGUUGUAUCUGUGUAUAUUCUACAGUGCCAUAAUGGGAUAGACAGUGGUCGAGUAAGCACAGUUUAUUAUGUCUUCACUUGAUGGUAAAUCUGUACAGUGGAAUGAAUAAUUGUCUUUUAACCAAAUGACAAGACAUUCGAAUAAUGAGUUGCUCAACAGUUUUACCAUUGAUAGAAAAAUUUUACAAUAAAUAAAAAGUGGAUAGUAUUUUUAUAGGUAGGUUAAAGGUGGCCAGGAGCACCUGUACAUAGGACGACGAUUUUGAACAUUUUCCUUUCAUCGUUGCAUUUUUAGUGGUCUGUGUAUCGUUUUUUUUCUUUUGGGGAAUAUUUUUUUCUGUAUGUAUAUAAAUAUAUAUACAGUAUAUAUUCUGUCAAUGUAAUUUGAAGAGUGAACGCUCGCAGGGUCUCUUGUCACUCGCACUUCGUCAUUUCCCCCCGUGAUUAUGUGAAUGUGUUUCAAGCACAACUUUGGUGGACUUUGUGUUUCAACCUCUGCUCUUGCUCACUUUGUAGGAGUGACUUUUUCCUUUUCCCUUUUUACUGCCCUCCGUGCUUCUCUUCCACUAUCCAUCUUUUGGGAUUUUUUUUAAAGAUUUUGUACAAGAUGCAAUUACAAAACUAAUGAAUAUUCAGUAUUUAAUCCCCAGAUGUUUCCUAACAAAUGUUGUUAAUCCACCAGUGUCGCUUCAGACCCUGGCUUUUGAGGACCUAUAUUCUAAUUAUUUGUGUAGUUUAAUUUCCUUUUCCACUUCAUUGUUUACUUUCACAAGAUAUUUAGCCCUUCGUUCAUUUGUGGCAAUACAGACUGGAUGGUGUAGCAAUAUUGUUACAGCCCUGAGAGUGAUUUAUGACAUGAAAGACACUUUGCAUGGGCUGGACUGAUCAUUCUAUUCACUGGUAUCUGUUUGUACCGAUGCUGUAUGUUGGUACAGUAGGUACCACUUUGGUUUCAUCACUCUCAUUGCUUGACACAAAGCAAAUGUUCAUUUAAUGAGAUUUUGACAGUACUUUUGUGGAGUUUGGCCUUCGGUCACCUCAUUGGAUGCAGUAUAAACAUCAGGGUGGCUUAUUUUUACUGGAGAAUUCUAGCAAAGUGGAUAAUAUUGUCAGCUACGUUAGAUAUAACUGUUGUAAAGCACUCAAGCACAACAUGUGUUGUUUAUGCAGGAACUGAGCCGGACAGCUAAAAGAAUUUGUGCUGGUUUUCUAACUAUACUGUGGACUUCGCUAAUAACUGAUGAAGUUUUUCAUUGGAAAAGUUGGGAUUUCAACCAGUUUCAGCUCUGCACGGCUGACCUGUUGUUCUAUGUUUUGUAUAAUGCCUAUACUAUGAGCCAGCUGUACACUUGCAAAGUGCCCAGUAGGCAUUUAACCAUGUGCAGUAUUUACACACACACACUGUUGUUGGUCAUGUGGGAAUUUUGCCAAGCUCCUCAAAAGUUUGUUUAGAAAUACACUAAAGCUUCGAGGAAAUUUUGUCAUUAAAAAAUAAAUAUCGUAAAUUGUCAUUUCAUUGACUCAUCACAUUGAGUGAGAUCUAGGUUUUAUAAAUGAUAGCUUGUCACAUAUGACCUGUUUUACAUGUGUCUUUACACUAUUUAAUUGCCACAAUUUCCCCAGCUAGAACAUUUAAAUAUGUAUUCCCUCUGUUUUGUUACAUGAAUCUGUCAAAACUAUAUUUUUAAUUCAGUAUGAAUAAAGAUCAGUCAGUAUUUAA